AUGCACAAAAAUACAGUUCCCGGAUCAAAUUUGCGUUCUGUGUUUCUGGACGAGAAGCCAACUUUGGAUAUUACCACAGCGCGGAAGAGUAUCACAGAAUUGCAGAAUUUCCGAAGCAAUGGCAGCAUCAGUAAUGGACUGCCGCCUCCUGCCGUGGAUGGUCACAUCCCAUUUCCACAAGACAUCAUUUAUGAAAAUGCCAAGCCCAUUAAUAUUGUCCUACAAUUUAUGGGUGCUCUUCCGAUCUCAAAGCCACGCCCUGGAGAAAGUGAAUACCGACUUUCAUCCCUUACAAUGUUCUAUUCUUUUGUGGUACUGGCGGCUCUCUUGACUUAUGUGGUGUUCGUGGUGAUCAAGCGGAUAGCCAUUGUCCGCAAUCUGGAGGGGCGUUUUGAGGAAGCCGUAAUCGCAUACUUGUUCCUCGUCAAUCUCCUGCCCGUGGUAAUAGUGCCGAUGAUGUGGUACGAGUCGAGAAAGGUGGUAAAGGUUUGGAAUCACUGGAGUGAUUUUGAGUUGCUGUACUUUCAAGUCUCCAAAAGACCCUUGGCCAUAAAUUUAAAGAUGAAAGCUCUGGUUAUUGCAAUAGUUCUGCCACUACUUGCAUCACUGUCCGUUGUCGUGACGCACGUGACAAUGGUACAUUUCCGUAUAUCUCAGGUAUGUAGAAUCAUCACACAUGCUCUGCCUGUGAUCCCAUACUGUUUCCUGGAUACCCUGACGUACAUGAUGGGAGCUUACUGGUACCUAUCUUGCGAGACCCUCAGUGCAGCUGCAAAUGUUCUGGCUGACGACUUUCAGAGGGCAUUGCGUAACAUUGGACCGGCAGCUAUGGUGGCGGAAUAUCGGUCCUUGUGGCUUCGACUGAGUAAACUAGCACGGGACACAGGAACGGCCACUUGUUACACAUUCACGUUCAUCAACUUGUACCUCUUUCUCAUCAUCACCCUAUCGAUCUAUGGGCUGAUGUCGCAGCUGUCUGAGGGUUUCGGGGUGAAGGAUAUUGGCUUGGCUGUUACCGCAUUCUCCAGCAUUGGCCUACUCUUCUUCAUUUGCGACGAGGCCCAUUAUGCCUCCCACAAUGUGCGCACCAACUUUCAGAAGAAGCUCCUCAUGGUGGAGCUCAAUUGGAUGAACAUCGACGCACAGACAGAGAUAAACAUGUUCUUGCGAGCAACGGAAAUGAAUCCAGCCAAUAUCAAUUUGGGCGGUUUCUUCGAUGUCAACAGGAAUCUCUUCAAGUCCCUUCUUACAACAAUGGUCACGUAUUUGGUUGUUUUACUCCAGUUCCAAAUUAGCAUUCCCGACGACACCGUCACUCAAACAACCACCGAGUUUUCACCCACGGAGAGUUCCAAUUAA